GAGCCAAACUGUAGUUGUAUGAAUAUUGUUGAGAUCUCGCCCAGCUAUUACAAUGCCAGCUGUACUGUUAGUAUUGGUGCUUCUUGGAGCAUUAUGCAGUCCGGGACGGGCGAUGUCUCAGGAUGAAAAGAGCAAAUUGAGGAACCAAGUGGUUGAGAUGUUUGACCAUGCAUAUCAGAAUUAUAUGGACCAUGCUUACCCAGCAGAUGAGCUGAUGCCAUUAACAUGCAGAGGGAGAGUACGUGGGCUUGAACCCAGUCGAGGUGAUGUAGACGACGCUCUGGGAAAGUUCUCUCUAACCCUCAUCGACACGCUGGAUACUCUGGUGCUUUUGAACAAGACAACAGAGUUUGAGGCUGCAGUGAGGAGAGUGCUGAAGGAUGUGAGACUGGACAAUGACAUUGUGGUGUCAGUCUUUGAAACCAAUAUUCGAGUCCUUGGAGGUCUUUUGGGAGGCCACUCCAUGGCUGUGAUGCUGAAGGAUGGAGGACAAAGCAUGCAGUGGUACCAGGAUGAACUCUUGCACAUGGCCAAAGAUAUUGGUCUCCGACUGCUGCCAGCCUUCAACACCAGCAGUGGCCUGCCUUAUCCCAGGGUGAACUUGAAAUAUGGUGUCAGGGGUCCUGAAACGAGAACAGGCACGGAAACAGAAACCUGUACCGCCUGUGCAGGAACCAUCAUCCUGGAGUUCGCUGCCUUAAGUCGCUUCACUGGUGAUCCUGUCUUUGAGGCUCAUGCCCGGAGAGCCCUGGACUUUCUGUGGGAGAAGAGACAAAGAAACAGCAACCUGGUUGGAACCACCAUCAACAUCCACUCUGGAGAGUGGGUCCGCAGGGAUAGCGGAGUUGGAGCGGGGAUUGACUCAUACUAUGAAUACCUGCUGAAGGCCUAUGUCCUCUUGGGGGAUGAUCAGUUUCUGCAGCGGUUCAAUAUUCACUAUGCAUCUAUAAUGAAGUACAUCAGUCAGCCUCCGCUGCUGCUGGAUGUCCACAUCCACAAACCUCUCCUCCCCGCUCGAACCUGGAUGGAUUCUCUACUCGCCUUUUUCCCUGGACUGCAGGUGUUGAAAGGAGACAUUCGUCCUGCCAUCGAGACUCAUGAGAUGCUGUAUCAAGUUACAAAGAAACACAACUUCCUCCCAGAGGCUUUCACUACUGAUUUCAGGGUACACUGGGCCCAACAUCCCCUGAGGCCAGAGUUUGCAGAGAGCACCUAUUUCCUUUACAAGGCCACGGGAGACCCGUAUUACCUGGAAGCAGGUCGCACCAUCCUGGACAACCUCAACCGCUUUGCUCGUGUGCCCUGCGGCUUCGCAGCAAUGAAGGAUGUACGCACGGGGAGUCAUGAAGACAGAAUGGACUCGUUCUUCCUUGCUGAGAUGUUUAAAUACCUCUUCCUGCUGUUUGCUGAUGCCGAAGACUUGCCAUUUGAUGUGGAGGACUAUGUAUUCACAACCGAGGCACACCUGCUGCCCCUGUCCCUCUCUACAGCCCCUCACUCUUCAUCUAUUCCCUUGAACAAAACGUCAGAAGAAGAGCUCGAUGACACUAACUUUGAUUGGACAUGCCCGAACACUCGCCUCCUGUUUCCUGACCCCGCCUUCCCUCGUAACCUGAGAGAGCCGAUUCGCAGCGUUGUGGACAAGAGCUGUCCCCGUCCCGCUCCCAACCGGGAGCCCGGUAUGGGCCGUCCUCCUCUGAGGGCUCAGGACUUCAUGGCUAACAACCCUGAACAUCUGGAGCUGUUACGAAGGAUGGGAGUCAGCCUAAUCCACCUGAAAGAUGGCAGGGUGCAGCUGGUCCAGCAUGCUACACAGGCUAUAAGUGCAGUUGCAGCAGAGGACGGUGUACGUUUCAUGCAAGAAAUGAUGGAGCUGUCCAGCCAGCAGCAGAAAGAGCAGCUGCCUCCACGGGCUAUUCAGAUCGUCUCACAUCCAUUCUUUGGCAGAGUUGUGCUGACUGCUGGCCCGGCACAGUUUGGCACAGACCUGUCCAAAAGUUCCACAGGGGUACGAGGCUUUGUGACCGUGGCUGAACCCUACAGCGGCUGUUCUGAGAUCACAAAUGCUGAGUACGUUCGGGGCCACAUCGCUCUGCUUCAGAGAGGUCAGUGUAUGUUUGCAGAGAAGGCCAGAAACAUCCAGAAGGCUGGCGCCAUCGGAGGCAUAGUCAUCGACGACAACGAGGGCAGCAGCAGUGACACCGCUCCGCUGUUUCAGAUGGCAGGAGAUGGCCGCAACACAGAAGACAUCACCUUACCUAUUCUCUUCCUCUUCCACAAGGAGGGCAACAUCCUGUUGGAGGCACUGAAGGAGUACAGGGAGGUGGAGGUGCUGUUGAGCGACAAAGCCAGGGACAGAGCAGCCAUAUUCAAAGGUAAACCUCUUCCAGGCAGCCUGAUUGAGGGCAGUGUGGUUGUGCCGGAAGCAAAGGAGGACCGUGUAACUGAGGCAACUACUCCCACAUCUUUCGAACCUAUCAGCCAAUCCCAAAUGAGCACACUGGAGCUGGACGAACUGGCUGUGGAGGAGGUUACUCCAUCGCAGGAGGAAGUCAGCGCUGUAGAAGAAGAAACUAGUCCUGCAGAAGAAGUUACAUCACCAGAGGAAGAAGUCAGUCCAACGGAGGAAGAGGCUGAUGUGGUUCAGCCCAUUGAGGAGAGAGACUCUGAGGAAGGAGAGGAGUCCAAGGGCGACACAGACUCAAACAGCCAGUCGGUGGAACAACUUCUUGCUGAUUGGCGGGAAGACCUAGAGGCAUUCAAGCAGAUGGAGAAAGAUGAGCUCUGACAGCUGUUUGGUACGAUGUGACCUGUGACUACAGGUUCGAUCCUGCUCUCAGGCGAGCAUGGUGGGAACACGUCUUCUCAACAGCCUCAGUGUGAUGAAAGAGGCUCUGUAGGUGUCUUUCACGUGCCAAGAAAGCCCACUUACUGUAUCUCUGGACCAUAAGGGAGUCCUUUUCAGCCUGGUAGAUUACGACUGAGAGACCAGGGUUCUUACCUCACUUUCUCAUACAGUUUCUGUUUAUCUGUCAUGAUAAAAUGAAUGAAAUGGACCAGACUGGUUGCAACAGCCUCUCAGUUUCCACACUCAUCUCAUUUUGUUCUUUCAGUGCAUUUCUGUCUCCUUUUACUCAACUCAAUGCUGGUCCAAAAACUAUGUUCUAACUAAUUAAUCCAUCGACCAAUUAAUUUUAUUUAAAUGUGAUUAUUAUUUGUGAUGAGACAUGUACUGUCAUCAUGGUCUUCGGCUUGAUCAUAUCAUAUGUACACAAUGAUUUGUGCUGAGGAGUGGUUCAUAUGGGGAAUACACUGCAGGAUCUUUUAAUGGCUUUAUGGAGGACACACUCAACACCAAACUCUCUAUGUGGAGGUUAUAUGAAGUCAGUGUAAAUAUGUAUUUGUCAAGAUAUAUUGACUGAACCUAUGAAGUGCUGCUUUGCUCAGGAUCUGGUCCAAACCCAUAGACUACAACCUCUGGACCACAACGGGUGGAGCAGACACACCCUCAGCAGUCCUAUGAGAUGGAGCACACAUCUGCAGGCGGCCACAGGAGGGCGCUGUGUGAUCUGUCUGUCAUGAUAAGCUGCUGACUGAUAGGAAGGUGGAGGAAUAAGCCAACAAGUUAACAUAAUGAAUUAAAAUAAACGUCGAUAGGGGAAA